CCACACAACUCAUUCACCAAUUGCAUGUGUUAGAUGACAAGUCGAUACUAGUUUGUGGCAAUGAUCUACGCUCUCAUGCAUUUAACUGAACUGAUUACUAUUAAUCUUGAUUACGAACAGUGGUGGCACAGUGAUAAUUGUUGUGACAGUCACUCUCCAAUCUUCGAGCACCAACAAAGAUAACUGUGAUUGCAUUGAUAAAAGUACAUCUUAGCACACGCAAAAUAACGUCUAUUUGCAAAAGUACUUAAAAGUUAAACAAUAAAAAGAUGACGACCGUACAAACUCCACCAGAGGUGACCCUCACCAACCCUAUACCAAUUAAUCAAGAUUCAACCACCGAUUUUGAUAUGAUGGCCUUAACCAUGGCGGCACUACGCUUCGUUAAUCCAUGGUCUGUGGAAGCAAAGCCUCAAUGGUCAGAGAAAAUUGAACCUGGGACACCGGAAGCAAAGGACCGAGUGAUUACCCUGGUUGAAGUCUCCGCCCAUGACACUCCCCAAGACUGCUGGGUUGUUAUAUAUGAUCGUGUUUACGAUAUUUCAACAUUCCUUGAUGAGCACCCAGGAGGCGGUGACAUAAUGCUGGAAUACGCGGGACGUGAUGCAAGUACUGCCUUCCGUAGUUCAGGGCAUUCGAAGGCUGCUAAUAAAGCCUUAGAGCGAUUCUUGGUGGGUGAGCUGCCAAUGCAUGAGCGACUUUACCGUCGUCCUGGAGGAAUGCGUCUGAGCGACAUUCCUGAAUGACUCAAAGUUUAAAUAACCUGUCAGUAGUGCCAUUUCAUACAAAUGUGGUUGCGCCAUUAUAAAAAUAGAUAUGUGUAAUGGAUCACAUGGGUUUAUAGCAUGUAAAUUCGCAAUUAAUUAUUGUCUAAGCUCUAUCAGCCAGUUGCUAUGUUAGUAUAAUAACCUUAAGUUAAAUUAUUAUUUUAAAUGUAGGAUGUUUAAGUUAACCUUUUCGAUUAUAGUGUCAUUAUUUUUGAUAAGCGUUAUAAGUAUUAACUGGAAGACUAUUUAGCACUAAAUGUUGAAUUUGAUUGUUUUCAAUAGAUAUUUCGCAACGCUUAUAAUCAGUGCAUUUAAUUAUUUUACUUAAGUCCAAUCCAGUAUUAAAAUAAGUAUAGGUAUUAUUUAGCUUCAUACAGUAGGUAUAAUAGCAAAAGUUCCUAAUGUUAUUACUUAAUAUUAUCAAUAAAUUUUUGUUUUAUA